CCCGCAGCCGCUGUCGCAGCCUCGUCGCCCUGCUGUCGAGCGCCAUGGCGUCGGCCUUCAGCGCAUACCAUGGCGCCCCCAAGAGCGAGGGCUCGCACUUUACUGUCACGGCGCUGAGUCGAUGGUCCAUCCUGACGAAGCAGCUCCCAGCCGUCGACAAGAUCAAAGUGCUUCACGUUUACGAUUUCGACAACACACUGUUCAGAACUCCCAUGCCGAACCCCUCCCUGUGGACUGGACCGACAAUCGGAUUGCUCGCGACCCAAGAAGCCUUUACCAAUGGCGGAUGGUGGCAUGACAACCGCAUCCUCGCAGCCACGGGCGACGGUGCCGAACAGGAAGAGAAGCGAGCCUGGGAUGGCUGGUGGAACGAAAAGGUCGCCGACCUUGUCAGGCUAAGUACCAAGCAGCCGGAUGCCCUCUGCGUGCUGCUGACCGGCCGGUCUGAGCAUGGCUUCGGCGAGCUGAUCAAGAGGAUGAUCACAAGCAAGGGACUCGAGUUCGACAUGGUCAGCUUGAAGCCAAGGGUGAGCCCUACGAACCAAGCGUUCCAGAAUACGAUGCACUUCAAGCAGCUGUUCUUCGAGGCCCUCAUGGAGACGUACUCGCAGGCUACGGAGAUCAAGGUGUACGAGGACCGCCCGCGGCAUACCAAGGGAUUUCGAGACUUCUUUGCCGAGUACAACAGGCGUCAGAUCCAGGCGCCCACGCGAGGCCCCAUCACGGCCGAUGUCGUCCAGGUGGUCGAUGUCUCUACUCUUCUUGACCCCGUCGUCGAAGUAGCCGAAGUCCAACACAUGAUCAACCAGCACAACGCCGCUUUGUGCAAGGAGCCUUCGUCAAAGAGCAAGCUCAUGAUCAAGAAGACGGUAUUCUUCACCAGCUACAUGAUUGGCGCCGAGGAUAUCAAGAAGCUCUUGAAGCUGGCCAAAAUCCCUGCCAACAUACCCAACAGCGAUCUCAAGUUUCACGCAAACAACAUCCUCAUCUGCCCCAGGCCGUGCCCAGCAAGCAUUCUCGAUAAGGUCGGCGGCAUGGGCAGCAAGAUGUUGUGGGAAGUCACCGGAACUGCCUGCUUGGACAAUUCCAUCUGGGCUGCGUGUGUCCGUCCUGUGCCGCACACGGCCAAGUAUCACACUGACAACCCCGUCCCCCUUGUGGUUCUCGCACUCAGAAAGGGCGCUCGCCCCAUGGAUGCGGGGAAGAUCAAGGUCUGGCAGCCCCUGCCGGCCGAGGAGCGCUUUACGUUUGAGACGACCGUUGACGAAAAGGUCAUUCUUCGUAUCGAGGCCGAGGAUCCCACAGAGGACGAAUACCAGAGCCUCUUCGCCAACAAGUCGCACAAGCGCAAGCACAACGCGGAUGAAGAGUGGGCGGGUCGGUCGGUGCAGUACACCAACCGAAACGAGACCAGGAGCUUCCAUACUGGCAGGGGACGUGGCAAGGGCGGCAACGCGAAUCGGGGCCAUCGCAACGCCGCCAGGGGCGGACGAGGCGGACGAGGGCGCGGUGGCCAUGGCUACCGAUCUCUCGACGACGUCGAUACCAGGGGCCAGGCGCCUCAAGUUGCCGCUGCUGGUGGCACAGGCCCCCUUGGCCGGGGUCGCCCAAUGGGCGGACAGCCAGCCAUCGGUGCAGAUUUGCAGAGUUACUAUUAGAAGUAGGAUGGCUUUGCUGUUGCUUAUAUUGCUACCAGCAUCGAUAUGAACAAGGUGGGGUUUCUGCAACUGGGAUGAGCCGCAGAGAAGGAUGGCCGGAUCGAGCGCAGGGUUUUUUGGGCUCUCUUCUUUGAUCGGGGUUUGACGCACAGUAGUCUUGAGGAGUUAACAUAUGUCUCCGCAAGACAGAGCAGGCAGAACAUGGGCUGUCAAGAACGACAUUGAGACAGAUUGGGAACAUGGGCGUUAUAUGGCACAUUGCAUUUACGAUGAGACCGCAUGGCUCGGAGAAAACAGGAUGGGCAUGUUUGAUUUUAAAUGUAGGACAUAA